CACACACACACACACACAGACACACAGGCACAGCGCGCUCGCGACGAAAAAGCUCUGGCGACAAAACCCGGCUCGGCGCGACCGGGUUUGUCUUUCUUGCGCUCUUCCUCCGAGAUUGUCUCUGGACGACCUGCCUGUUGUUGCCGCUGCCUCCGUCGCCGCCAUCGCCAUGCUGAGAACCACUGCUGCCGCUCGAUCCUCCCUGGCCAAGCCCCGGGCCCUCUCCCGCGCUGCCUCGUCUGCCCAGGCCGCCGCUACCGCUGCCGCUCGCUGCGUCGCCCCGGCCACCGUCACCGUAUCGCAGACGGCCCGGUUCCACUUCUCCAGCAGAGUUGUUCCCUCGCUGACCCAGCGCCUGAACGCCCGCUAUGAGGCCAUGCAGCUCCGAUCGUAUGCCUCUGGAUCCUUCCCCAGCCACAGCAUCAUCAACAUGCCUGCUCUGUCUCCCACCAUGACCCAGGGCAACCUCGGCAAGUGGCACAAGAAGGUCGGCGACCAAAUCAACCAAGGCGACAUCCUGGUUGAGAUCGAGACCGACAAGGCCCAGAUGGACUUUGAGUGCCAGGAGGAGGGCUACCUCGCCCAGAUCCUGGUCCCUGCCGGCGAGAAGGACCUGGCUGUCAACAAGCCCAUUGCUGUCCUUGUCGAGGAUAAGAACGACGUCGCUGCCUUUGAAAAGUUCACUCUGGCCGAUGUCCAGGGUGCUGCUCCUGCUCCUGCCGCCGCUGCCCCUGCUGCCAGCGCUCCCCAGGCUGCCGCUCCUGCCGCCGCCGCUGCUGCUGCUCCCGCCUCGGCUCCUGCUGGUGCCAGCGAAGGCCGCAUCUUUGCCAGCCCUCUCGCCAGAAACUUGGCUGCUGAGCGCGGUAUCCCUCUCCAAACGGUCUCAGGUAGCGGACCCAACGGACGCAUCGUCAAGGCCGACAUCGACUCCUAUAAAGCCCCUGUCGCCGUUGCUGCCCCUGCCGUUCCUGCCUUUGCGCCCACCACUGCCGCUGGUGCUGCCUUUGUCGAUAUUCCUCUGACCAACGUCCGAAAGGUCAUUGCCACCCGCCUCACCCAGUCCAAGCAGACCCUGCCCCACUACUACCUCUCUGUUGAGGUCAGCGUCGACAAGAUCCUCAAGCUGCGCGAGGUCCUCAACUCCCAGGGCAACGGCGCCUACAAGCUCUCUGUCAACGACUUUGUCAUCAAGGCGUCCUCUCUUGCUCUCCGUGAUGUCCCCGAGGUCAACAGCUCGUGGCAAGACACCUUCAUCCGCCAGUUCAGCACCUCGGACAUUGCCGUCGCUGUCGCCACCGAGAACGGUCUGAUCACCCCCAUCGUUGCCGGUGCCGAGGGCAAGGGUCUGGCUGCCAUUUCCAACAAAGUCAAGGAGCUGGCUGCCCGCGCCAAGGAGAACAAGCUGCAGCCCCAGGAGUACCAGGGCGGCACCUUCACGAUCUCGAACCUGGGCAUGUUUGGCAUCAGCAACUUCACUGCGAUCAUCAACCCCCCUCAUGCGGCCAUCCUGGCUGUUGGCACCACCCAGCAGAAGCUUGUCCUGGAUGAGAGCGCCGAGAAGGGCUUCAGCGUCCAGAACACCAUGACGGUCACUCUGAGCUGCGACCACCGCGUCGUCGAUGGGGCUGUUGGCGCCAAGUGGCUCGCCAAGUUCAAGAGCUACAUCGAAGAUCCUCUUACCAUCCUCCUCUAAAGAAUCUCUUUGACUUUGCCAGCAAACAGCACAGCAUCGCCACGCAGCCGCGAACACGGCGCUGCGCCGGUCAAUCCAGCAGCAAACAACCCGAUCCCACCGGAGCGCGGGAGGGCCGAGUCCAGCGUCUUUGCUGUAUAGGUUCUGCCCCCCCUUUUUUUUCUUCUUGCUUUCAUUUCGACCUUUGCCUGCGUUGCGCAAGAAUACAGUCCAAGGACGAUCCAUGCCCUCA